CAAGCAUCUUCGUCCCGUCCACUGACAUCCAUUGUUAUAUUUGUUGUUAUACGUUGUGCUAUUCUUUCAGUCGCUGCUCGAUAAGUCUUUAGACGCUUUCUAUGAUGACUUCAAUAUCAGUGCCGAAUCACACCGACUUUGCGUCCUGAGGCAUGGCACCGUGCACGUGUCCAUGUUCCUCCCCACCACUUGACAUUGUUACUAGCUCUUUCUCUGUCAAUUGGAUGUCGAACUCUACUGCUGCUCUCGUUCCCAUUGACUCAGAAUGGCGGCCUAUCUUUCAUGACUCAAAUCAGAUUGUUCUGUACAACCCAACUUCGCAUGCACUCGCAAUUAAGCCUCGACCUCCAUGUCCUUACUGCAAACAGCCAAUUCCGCUUGGUUUCGAGCUGCCCUUUGGACGAGUUGAACAUGACCACGAGGAUAAUGUUACUAGGGCCUCUAAUUACUUUCAUUUGCUGGCCAUUUCAAAUGAAACUAUUUCAACUCCAUCAACAAGAGCACCAAGUCCGAGGACUUCGUCACGAUUGGUGGAACCCACGCUGGAGGAAGUGGAGGAGGAGACAGACAAUAGUCGUGGACGGACUGUAUUUCCUCCCGGCACUCUGGCCGAAGGCUAUUUCAAUGCUUUCUUCAAAGAAGAAUGCAAGCUCGGGAUGGGUGCAAACGGCUCGGUUUUUUUGUGUGCUCACAUGCUUGACGGGAAUGCACUUGGUCACUUUGCCGUUAAGAAGAUCGCUGUUGGCGAAUCGCAUUCGUAUCUGUUAAACAUACUUCGUGAAGUUCGUCUUCUUGAGAGACUGCACCAUCCAAAUAUCAUCACUUACCAUCAUGCCUGGCUAGAGUCAUCACAAUUUUCCUCAUUUGGUCCCAAAGUACCAACUCUGCACGUCUUAAUGCAAUGGGCUGAUGGCGGAAGUCUAGAUGACUAUAUUGAUGUUCGGUUGGGAAGAGAACCAAGGCAUGGACAGUUUUUCCCCAAUCCCUAUCAGUCGGAGAACAUGGACCCCCUCAACUCAAGCUCUUCCGUCCAUCUGAAUUUGAGUGAUGCAUCUCUCUCGGGCUCAUCUUCAUCUUCUACGACACUACCAUCCGCAGCUCCACUCACAGUCAAUAUAGACACACCUGUAUCAAGUGGAGAGUUUGAGGAAUCUGACCUGCACUCUCGCUCAGCGCGUAUUCGGGCUUUCCGUGCUUUCCAGCGUGCCUCUCCGCAAGAGAGGGAACGCAUUCGAAAGGAGACACAAUUUCAACAAUCGCAAUCUACACCCGAUGUUGGUCAGCAACAAACAUGGACCCCGGUACAUCUCCUGAGCGCCGAAGAAGUACACAGUAUAUUCAGAGAUGUUGUUGAAGGGCUGGCUUUUCUGCACGAUAGGUCAAUACUGCACCUCGAUUUGAAGCCAGGAAAUGUGUUGCUUACCUGGGAUGCUGGAAGAGGAAAAAUGAUCCCUCGCGCAAUGCUUUCUGACUUUGGCACCUCUCGUGACAUGCUCGCGUCAUCGCUCAGUAGCCGCUCGGGCAACACUGGUACGCUUGAGUACACCGCGCCGGAAUCUCUACCCUCGCCCGAUACAGGGCGUCUGCAAGGAAUCGACUCAAAAGCGGAUAUGUGGUCGUUAGGAAUGAUACUGCACCGCAUGCUAUUUUUCAAGCUACCAUGGAGGUAUGCGUCAGAUGGAGUAGGGAAAGACUCGGAUACACCGAGAGGAACUGAAAAUCCCGGUUCAAACCAUCCUAAAGUGCGGCGACCCCCGGCUCGCGACGAAGCCGAAAAGAUGGAUCGACUUGAGGAAGAGGUACUGGCCUAUCCUGGAUUCCGUAGUACCCCAGCCUUGAUCGAGGCUUUUGAGGGACGAAAACUCCCCCGGGCAAUAUUGAUACUUCUAGAAAACCUACUCAAUCCGAUUGCAAGCAAGAGACCGGCAUGUAGGAAGGUGAAGAGCGCUGUUUCCGAAGGCAUGCUAGAUCCACUACCGGACAAUUAUCGAAAUUAUGGUUCUAGCCUCACACGGAACGUCUAUAACACACGCACGACAAUUCCAACUGACGCCGACAGUGUUUCUCCAAAUGUGGUACAUGCAUACGAAGAACCCAUUUCUUCCAUGAACUCUUCUCUGGUGCCUGUUUACAGACCUCGAGCUAUGUCUCAUCCCAGAUCCUCCUCAGCCCUGUCUCUUUCCACCCCUCUAGUUUUCCAUUCGAACAGAUCUUCAUCCGUAUCAGGGACGAGUCGUCAGACUGAGCAGCGCGGAAUCAGCGGAUACGACGAGGAUGCCAGGAUUCCUACGGAAGGAGAGGACUCCCAAGAGGAUUUAGUAUACCACGAUGCGCGUGACUAUGAUUCGAGUGAAGGAGAAGUAAGCCCAAUUGCUGAGAAAAGGAGGGUGUCAGUAGAACCCCUGCGCUCAGGAAGAGCGUUGUUGGCUCUCCCUGCACCAGCGCUGCCUCAGACACUGUGGAUCAAUGCGCAGAUGAAAUUGGGUCCGUUUGGCGGCAUGAAUAAGGUUCAAGAAUUGGGUAUGCGCACGACAAAAUCCUUCAUUCUAGUGAUCAAGGUAUUUCAUUUAACUAUGGCAUGCCAAUGUUUGACUGCGUCUCUUCACGGAAUUGGAGGUGGUUUUGAUCUCGUAAUCAUGGUGAUAGUGUUGGUACUUGCAGUUUCAGACACUUGGUUCGAUGGACUAUGGGUUUCAGUGCUGUUUGGCUUUGCUCAUGUAGUUGUUAUCAAGAUUGGAUGCUUUUACAUGAGGGAAUUAUGUUGAAAGUAUUAUUAGGACUGUACGUUAGUUACCACAAUGGACAGAAACCUUGCUUGUGGUCUGUUCGUGAUUACAAUCGCAAUGUUACCCGCGUGUAGUACAUACUUUUAUGAUUCAGUCUUUUCUUGUCCACUUUCGUAGUGGUUUUUGUGCACUACUGUUGUGGC